UAGUAAAAUGUUUAACAGUUUUAAAGGCACUUUGAAUAUUGUGGUGACCACUGCUUUUUUAUUUGCUUAUGUGCUGAACUGCUUGCACUGCUUUUGCACACUGUAGUUUAAAGCAGUUGGCGCCGUUUUUGAAUUUGCAUUUUCGUUUAAAUAAAAGAAAGUCCAAAGAAAAGUGUGUCAAUGUGAAAUGUUUUAAUUUAAAAUUUAAGCAUUUAUUUAUAUGUUUCUUAAAUUUAAAAACGGAAUAAACAUAUUUUUCAUUAAAAAAAAUUAUAUACCUGCUAGGACUUCGUUUUUUUUACUUUACGUAACUUAAAUCUUUGAUAAUAAUAUGUUAAUGCUUAUGUUUUGGUUAUAACUUUAAUAAGGAUAAGCCAAUUUAAUUUAUUAAAAAGAAAAGCCUUGCUAGGAAGAGACUGAUUAACGGUUUAUAGGUUUAUAAGUUUGUCUUAUUAUUAUUUAUGAAGUCCUCCACCCCUUGGCGCAGCCUUCUAAAGAAGACUUUUAUGCUAAGCCAUAGGCAUAAAUUAAGGAUAGUAUCCUUCGCGGUUCUGGCAUUGAAAAUUAGCAAGCACCCACGCUGACCCCAAAAGGCUAAUACAAUGUGACAAGUGUGAAGUACGCCGGCGGAUAUAAAAAUGGCUGAGAGCACCGGAAAGUGCAUCACAUCCUUUCUAGCAACACAUCCAGCAAGACCAUGAUGUUCCGUACAGUUCUUCCGUUGCUCCUGAUCCUGAUCCCGCUCCUGAAAUCCGCCGAGGGCGUUAACAGGAUCCAGGUUUGUGGUCCAGCUCUGCUCGAUUUGGUGGAGAUGAUGUGCCCGCAGGGAUUCAAUGGAAUGUUUCAAAAGCGAGACUCCUUGGGACUAUUUGAUUAUGUGGACAAUUUGGGGAAUGAGGAUAACUCCGAUAUGGACACCAAAUCCCACAGUUCCCGGCUGAACUCACUGACGGGCAUGCGGCGUGAUUUCCGAGGCAUUGUGGACGACUGCUGCCGCAAGCCGUGCUCCACAUCAACGAUGAAGUCAUAUUGCCGGCAGUAAACCCAACCAAUUGUUAUGAUUCUACCCAUCAAUUCCUAUAUGAGAUAUUACGUUUGGUUUAUGAUAACAGAGUAUAUGCACGCAUUUGAAAAAUAUUGAAAUAAAACUUAUAAGCGCAAUUUGAAGAAGAA